AUGGACACGAGGGUGCCUUUAUCACACUCCCUAUGGUCACCAUACGAUACUGUCAAAGAUGCAGCCGACUCAUUAGGGAUCAAUCUCCCUGACGAAACUGCCAAAAACCUCGCCAUGGAUGUCGAAUACCGUAUUCACGAAAUACUUGAAUUGGCAAUCAAGUUCAUGCGUCACUCAAAACGAAAAAUGCUUAUGACCAGUGACAUAGACUAUGCGUUGAAAAUCCUCAAUGUCGAACCUUUGUACGGAUACGAUAACUCGCAACCGUUGAAUUUCAAAGAAACAAUGGUUGGAGCCGGUGGUCAAACGUUGUAUUAUCUCGAUGAUCAAGAAUUGGAGUUUGAAAAAUUGAUCAAUCAAGAGUUACCCAAAGUGCCUCGAAGGUGCAAUUUCACUGCUCACUGGUUAGCUAUCGAGGGAGUCCAGCCCAUGGUUCCGCAGAAUCCUUUACCUUCAGAUAUAAAGAACUUGCCUCCAGCAAUUCGAGGUGCAACUUCGUCAUAUUUGGGUAACGACAUCUUGACCUUGGGAGGUAGUUCUUCUACUGAUGGUCAGGAUGGUGCUGAUGAUGGACCAAAGAGUAAGAAUCCAACUGACAAGAAUUUUGACACCAAACCACUAGUCAAGCACGUUCUUUCCAAAGAGUUGAAAUUAUACUUUGACAAAGUCGUUGAAGUUUUAAUAUCUACUGACCCUGAAAAGGAGAGCUUGAAAAAUGCCGCAUUGACUUCCUUAAAAUCCGACCCCGGGUUGCACCAACUAGUACCCUAUUUCAUUCAAUUCGUGGCUGAACAAAUCACCAACGAAUUGAGGAACAUUGAAAUAUUAUCAACCAUGUUAGAAGUCAUAUCCGCUUUAGCUGACAACAAGACGAUUUUCCUCGACCCCUACGUCCACGCAUUGAUGCCAUGCAUCUUGACUCUAUUAUUGGCAAAACGUAUCGGUCCCAUUGUCAAAGAAUCCUCUGACAAUUAUCAAGAAGCAUUGAGAAAUCAGCUCGCCGUGCGUGAAUUUGCCGCUAUUUUGCUCGAACAUAUCAUCAAAACGCACGGAUCAUCCUAUUCCACAUUACGUCCAAGAGUAACGCGAACGUUAUUGCGUGCACUACUCGACUCAACAAAACCCGUGGGAACACAAUACGGUGCCUUGUUGGGAUUGAAGAAUCUCGGUAAUGAGGUGUUGAAGUUGGUUCUUGUGGGGAAUUUGAAAAUCUGGUACAAGUCAGUAAUCGAAACAAACCAGUCCCAAUUUGAACGGGAAAUUUUGAUAAAUACCGUGCUUGAGAUACUACGGAAACUCAGUGUGAAACUUGAUCAUGUCAGAAGUGAUGGUGAUGCCAUGGAUGUGGAUGUGGAUGUGGAUGGGUCUAUUGGGUUGUCGGAAGAAAUAAAGGAAAAAUUGAAACAACGAAUUGGGGAGCCAUUGGCAGACUUGGUGCUAGAACAAUCGGAUGCAAAGCAUAUAGUAAGAGGGGUGUUUUUUGGUGAAGUAGCAGUGUAG